CUCACCCUCAGCCUGGGCAAGGACUUUGAGAUCACCUACGUUCGGGUGCGCUUUCACUCACCUCGAGCCGAGUCCUUUGCCAUCUUCAAGAAGACGCACGAAAACAGCGAGUGGGAACCGUUUCAGUACUACAGCUCCAACUGCUACAAGACGUACAGCGUCCCUGACCGGUACUACUCCAGCCAGCACGCCGACGUCACGCCCCUCUGCACCAAGGAGUUCAGUGACAUCUCGCCGCUGACCGGGGGCAAUGUCGUCUUCACCACGCUCGAAGGUCGGCCCAAUGCCACCAACUUUGAGCACAAUGAGGCGCUUCAGAACUUUGUCACCGCCAAUGAGAUUCGCAUCGUCCUCAACAACAUGAACACCUUUGGUGAUGAGAUCUUCGGCGACGAGCAGGUGCUUCGCUCCUACUUUUACGCCAUCUCUGACCUCUCCGUCGGCGGCAUCUGCAAGUGCAACGGCCACGCCAGUCGGUGCGUGCCCGCCUCCGAGCCGAGCACCCGCCGGCGUCUGGCCUGCGCCUGCGAGCACAACACCGCCGGCGCCGACUGCGAGAAGUGUCUGCCCUUCUUCAAUGACCAGCCCUGGCGACGGGCCACCGUCAAGAACGCCUAUGCCUGCCAAC